CCCGCCGCCGUGCUCCCUCCAUCCCGGGAGCCCCGCGAUGCUCCGCCGCCGCCUGCCCCUGCUCGGGCCCUGGCUGCUGCUGCAGAUGGUGUGUGCUGGGGGCCACAUUGCCAAGACCUUGGGGUACCUGGAGCUGGGCACCUCCGGCCUCCUCAAGGAUGUCCCUUAUGGCACCCUGAAGCCCCCCAUGCUCGACCCCAGGCGGCUGAUUCCAGCUGAGCCCCCCCGGGGCGCAGGAACACCCUCGGGUGCUGUGCGGAGCCCCUGGGACUGGCAGAAGAACCAAACAGCUGGGGAGCUGCUGGGCCCCCGCGCCCGGCGCAAGCCCUCGCUCAAGUCUGGCCGCACCAAGAAGAUCUUUGGCUGGGGUGAUUUCUACUUCAACAUCAAGACGCUGAAGUUCAGCCUGCUGGUGACGGGAAAGAUUGUUGACCACAUCAACGGGACCUUCAGCGUCUAUUUCCGCCACAACUCCUCCAGCCUGGGCAAUGUCUCGGUCAGUAUCGUGCCCCCCUCCAAGGCGGUGGGCUUUGAGGUGCUGGUGCCAGCCCCACCGCCACUCCCCCACCCACCACCCCAGCAGAGCACCUUGCCUGAGGGGCGCCCAGCCAAGGCCCUCAACUGCCACGUGGAGUACGAGAAAACCAACCGGGCACGGAAGAACAAGCCCUGCCUGUAUGACCCCUCCAAGGUGUGCUUCACCGAGCACACGCAGAGCCACGCCGCCUGGCUCUGCGCCAAGCCCUUCAAGGUCAUCUGCAUCUUCAUCUCCUUCCUCAGCAUCGACUACAAGCUGGUCCAGAAGGUCUGCCCUGACUACAACUUCCAGCACGACAACCCCUACUUCGGCUGAUGGCCGCAGGAAGGGGCGGCGGGUGCCAGAGCUGGAGGUAGAUGGAGGCUGGGGGCUCCUGCACCCCAUCCCAGCUGCAUGGUGCACCCCAUCACCCCCGCACCAGUCCCCCCUUCGUCACUGUAGCACCUCCCCGGGCACAGGAGUGGGGCAAGGGACAGCCCACCCGGGGCACAGCUGGUGCAGGGAGUCUCAGCCCCACCGCGCGCCUGCGCUCCCACCCCUGCAGCAGGGUGGGGGGUGCUGGUGCAGAGCCUGCCCCCCCGCUGUAGGCUGGGCUGGGGUCCCUGGGAGCGUGGGGGCAAGCUGGGGGGUACAGCCCCAUGCGAUGGCACCAGCUAGGCACGCAGCACCUCCGCGGUGGGCGCAGGGGCGGUGGUAGCAGGGGGGGGUUGCCUUGUGCCGGUGCACGGGAGAGCUCAGGCUUCACCCCGCACGCUGGGGGGGGGGGGGGGGGCUUUUGUUUUUCUGCAGCCGUCGGGGACGUGCAUGCAUGUGCGUGUGAACACGUGUGUGCACACCGGUCUGCGCGUGCGCGAGGGCACCCGUCCGGGUACUUUGGAGCCUCCCCCCAGCCCCCCACCCCCCCUCCCAGGCUGCAGCAGCGCUGGGGCACCAAGCCGAGCCCCUGGUGCCCCGGGGACACCCCUCGCCCCGGGGGGCCCUGCCCAGACCCGCCGUGCCCUGAAGAGGUGCCACGCCACGGGCCGGGACCCGGGGGGGCUGUCGCCGAGCCGGCCGGGCCCGUGCGGGGCCGCGCCUCCCCCUGGCUCUGGGCAGGGGCUUCUUCAUAUUUUUUUAAGAAAAUUAAAAUGGAAAAAAAGUGGAAAAUAAAGAAAAACAUUGGGAAAAAGCAUGCAGAAGCGCU